AUGAGCGAAGGAAUAGUUGUCAACCCGCUGAUAAUUUCACGACUAAUAUGUGGAGGAAACAACAUCGCUUUGAGGUCAAAGAUGGUUGGGACAUCUAUAUUUAUGGUGGGCGUAUCUACGCUUCUUCAAGUCCUUGUUGGAACGAGAUUACCGAUUGUCCAGGGAAGUUCCCCAAAUAUGAUAGCAGCCAUUACAGCAAUGACGACUCUGGAGAGGUUCAGAUGUGUAGCUGAAGUAACUACUAUUAUGUCAGUGGGAAAUACAACGCUCCAUGAGUCAAAAGAUACGAUGUAUGACGACAACUGGCCAAUGAGGAUAAAUGAAAUUUCUGGGUGUCUCAUGUUGGCGUCCGUAGUUCAGAUCUUGCUUGGUUUGACGGGGAUUGUCGGCUUUCUGAUGCGCUUCAUUGGACCCCUGACUAUCACACCCACAAUCUCACUGAUAAGUUUCACGUUAAUGCCAAUUUCUGCAAGUCUGGCAUCCACGCAUUGGGGUGUAGCAUCUAUGACAAUACGGCAUGCCAACAAUAAGUGUCGCUGGUUUGGUGGGCACACUAGCUGCUAUUACUGCUUCAAUAUAGUUGAAUCAGUUGCAGACUAUAACGCAUGCGCAAAGAUAUGCCAAGUUCCGCCUCCACCUGCGCACGCAGUCAACCGAGGAAUAGCGAUAGAGGGAUUGGCUAGUUUGGUGUCGGGGUCAGUCGGGGCAUGUCAUGUUACAACUUCUUAUAGCGAGAAUAUUGGAGUCAUAGGACUUACUAAGGUGGGGAGCAGAAUGGUUUUCAUCAUGGUUGGUGCAUUACUGUUAGUUGGUGGAUGCGUUGGGAAGAUUGGAACAGCAUUAGCUUUGAUACCUGAGCCUAUUUUGGGUGGUGUCUCAAUAAUGACACUAGGGUUACUUGGAGCAGUCGGCCUCUCUUGUAUCAGAUACGCCGAGUGUACCUCCAUUAGAAAUCUGUCCAUUUUGGGUCUUGCUAUAUAUGGAGGUCUGAUGAUAUCAAACUGGAUGGCUACACAUCCAAACACAAUCAAUACCGGAAGUCAUAAAUUGGAUCAAAUCCUCACCGUCUUCUUGAGUACAGCAAUGUUUUUUGGAGGAACUAUUGGCUUUAUUUUAGACAACUUAGUGCCAGGUACUCCCGAGGAGAGGGGCAUUCUUGCUUGGCGUGGGGAAAAUAUACCCAACAAAGAAGGCCAGCUCAUUAAAGAGGACGAGAGGACGAUAUAUGAUAUUCCAUAUAUCUCCGGCAUUUUGAAGAGACAUAAAGUGUUUAAACGAUUCCCAUUCCUCCCUUCAUUUGAUACGAACAUGCAAACGUAAAGCCUUAGAGGCUGAUAUUAAUUAAAAGAUUUAUGUAUAAAGUUGAAUGAAACGCUGAUGCGCUGUAAGCUUAAUAUAUUCUCACUCAUAUGUUUGUUAAUUUCCAAAAGAGUUUUGAAUAUAC